AUGACUUUGACUUUCAAGAUCCUCUUCCUCCCAACCCUCCGCGCACUUGGGCGAAAAGAACUCUGCCUCUUCGGAGAACAACAUCGCUGGCCUGACAGAAGACAGUUCGGCCAUUGGUCAGAAACAGAGCUGUUUCAUGGGCACGGCCUCCUCCAGAGAAGAAAGGCCGUUCUGUCAUCCCAGAAAGGCGGUCUAAGACCACGUGCCACCCACCUUGUUUUCUUGCCAGGGUCGCAUGUGGGACUCUGCAGUGGCCCCUGUGAGAUGGCCGAGCAACGGUUCUGUGUGGACUACGCCAAGCGUGGCACGGCCGGCUGCAAAAAGUGCAAGGAAAAGAUCGUGAAGGGCGUAUGCCGGAUCGGCAAAGUGGUGCCCAACCCCUUCUCAGAGUCCGGGGGCGAUAUGAAAGAGUGGUAUCACAUUAAAUGCAUGUUCGAGAAACUGGAGCGGGCCCGGGCCACCACAAAAAAAAUUGAGGACCUCACCGAGCUGGAAGGCUGGGAAGAGCUGGAAGAUAAUGAGAAGGAACAGAUAAGCCAGCACAUUGCAGAUUUGUCUUCCAAGGCAACAAGCACACCAAAGAAGAAAGCUGUUGUCCAGGCUAAGCUGACAGCCACUGGCCAGGUGACGUCUCCAGUGAAAGGUGCCUCAUUUGUCACCAAUACCAAUCCUCGGAAAUUUUCUGGUUUUGCAGCCAAGCCCAACAACUCUGGGGAAGCCCGCUCAAGCCCUACCCCUAAGGCAAGCCUGUCCUCAAGCAGAUGUGACCCCAAGCACAAGGAUUGUCUGCUGCGUGAGUUUCGGAAGUUGUGUGCCAUGGUGGCUGAAAAUCCUAGCUACAACACGAAGACCCAGAUCAUACAGGACUUCCUUCGGAAAGGUUCAGCAGGAGAUGGUUUCCACGGUGACGUGUACCUAACAGUGAAGCUGCUGCUGCCAGGUGUUAUUAAGAGUGUUUACAACUUGAACGAUAAGCAGAUUGUGAAGCUUUUCAGCCGCAUUUUUAACUGCAACCCAGAUGAUAUGGCACGAGACCUAGAGCAGGGUGACGUGUCAGAGACGAUCAGAGUCUUCUUUGAGCAGAGCAAGUCUUUCCCUCCAGCUGCCAAGAGCCUCCUCACCAUCCAAGAGGUAGAUGCGUUCCUCCUUCGCCUCUCCAAGCUCACCAAGGAGGAUGAGCAACAGCAGGCCCUGCAGGACAUCGCGUCCAGGUGUACAGCCAACGACCUUAAGUGCAUCAUCAGAUUGAUCAAACAUGACCUGAAGAUGAACUCAGGUGCAAAACACGUGUUAGAUGCCCUUGACCCCAAUGCCUAUGAAGCCUUCAAAGCCUCACGCAACCUGCAGGACGUGGUGGAGCGAGUCCUCCGCAAUGAGCAGGAGGUGGAGAAGGAGCCAGGCCGGAGACGAGCUCUGAGUGUCCAGGCUUCACUGAUGACGCCAGUGCAGCCCAUGCUGGCCGAGGCCUGCAAGUCCAUCGAACAUGCGAUGAAGAAGUGUCCUAAUGGCAUGUUCUCUGAGAUCAAGUAUGACGGGGAGCGAGUCCAGGUGCAUAAGAACGGAGACCACUUCAGCUACUUCAGCCGCAGCCUCAAGCCCGUCCUGCCUCACAAGGUGGCCCACUUUAAGGACUAUAUCCCCCAGGCUUUCCCUGGGGGCCACAGCAUGAUCUUGGACUCUGAGGUGCUCCUGAUCGACACUAAGACAGGCAAACCGUUGCCCUUUGGGACUCUUGGGGUGCACAAGAAAGCUGCCUUCCAGGAUGCUAACGUCUGCCUGUUUGUUUUUGAUUGUAUCUACUUCAAUGACAUCAGCUUGAUGGACAGGCCUCUGUGUGAGCGGCGGAAGUUUCUUCAUGAUAACAUGGUUGAAAUUCCCAACCGGAUCAUGUUCUCAGAAAUGAAGCAAGUCACUAAAGCUUCGGACUUGGCCGACAUGAUAAACCGGGUCAUCCGAGAGGGGUUGGAAGGGCUGGUGCUGAAGGACGUGAAGGGUACAUAUGAGCCUGGAAAGCGGCACUGGCUGAAAGUCAAGAAAGACUAUUUGAAUGAGGGGGCCAUGGCUGACACAGCUGACCUGGUGGUCCUUGGGGCCUUCUAUGGGCAAGGGAGCAAAGGUGGCAUGAUGUCCAUCUUCCUCAUGGGCUGCUAUGACCCAGGCAGCCAAAAGUGGUGCACGGUCACCAAGUGUUCGGGAGGCCAUGAUGAUGCGACGCUUGCCCGCCUGCAGAAGGAACUGGACAUGGUGAAGAUCAGUAAGGAUCCCAGCAAGAUACCCAGCUGGCUGAAAAUCAACAAGAUCUACUACCCGGACUUCAUAGUUCCAGACCCAAAGAAAGCUGCCGUGUGGGAGAUCACAGGGGCUGAGUUCUCCAAAUCUGAGGCUCACACGGCCGACGGAAUCUCCAUCCGAUUCCCUCGUUGCACCCGGAUCCGUGAUGAUAAGGACUGGAAAUCUGCCACUGACCUCCCCAAACUCAAGGAACUGUACCAGCUGUCCAAGGAGAGGGCAGACUUCACUGUGGCAGCCGGAGACGAGGGGAGCUCCACUACUGGGGGCAGCAGCGGAGAGAACGAGGUUACCUCGCGGCCUGCCUCCAGGGCCUCCCCGAAGCAGCCCUCCACCAGUGCCAAGAAGGCAGGAGGGAGGCGGAGCAGCCCCGACAGCCGAGGUGGUAAGAAGGGAGGGGCUGCGGCGAUGACUCCCCUCCCGUUUCACUCUCCCGCAGGUAGCAAGCACACAGCGAAGCCUCCCCCCGUGAGAGUGGGAGAGAAGCGCAAGGCUCCCGACGAGCCCCCGGGCCAAGCAAAGGUGCUGCUGGACAUCUUCACUGGGGUGCGGCUCUACCUGCCACCCUCCACGCCGGACUUCAGCCGUCUCAGACGCUACUUUGUGGCAUUCGAUGGGGACCUGGUGCAGGAAUUUGACAUGGCUUCGGCCACGCACGUGCUGGGGAGCAGGGACGAGAACCCUGAGGCCCAGCAGGUCUCCCCGGAGUGGAUCUGGGCGUGUAUCCGGAAACGGAGGCUGGUAGCUCCCUGCUAG